AUGGCCCCUCUGACCAAGACCGUUGUCGUAUACGGUGCCACCGGUGCCCAAGGCGGUGCCGUCGCUCGGUCCCUGCUGCAAAGCACCGCGGGCUUCCAUGUUCGCGCUUUGACGCGCAACCCUUCCUCGCCCCCAGCCCAGAAACUCGCCAGUCUCGGCGCCGAGGUCAUCAAGGCCGAUGGCUUCAAUCAAGAGGAAAUGCGUCAAGCCUUGACCGGUGCCUGGGGCUUCUGGUUGAACACCAACCACCAUGAUCCGGCCUUCCCAACCCCCGAGGGAAUCGAUGAUACCAUCUUCGGGUGCAACCUGAUCUCUCUGGCCGCCGACCUAGGCGUCAAGGUCAUGAUCUACAGCACGUGCGAGCGCUCUGCCAACUACACCAACGGCAAAGUUCUAGUAAAGGGAUACGAAGAGAAACACAAUGUCUUCCAACACGCGCUGCGCCAGCCAGGAUUCGACGCCGUCAUCGGAGCAAUCCCAGGCUGGUACAUGGAAAACUUUCUCUCCCCGGAAUAUGCCGCAUGCUUUGGCGGGUUUCCGACGCAGCCAGACCCAGAGGGCUAUCUGAAUUUCGCGAGCCCUUACCUGGGCGGUCCUGGCGAGGUGCCUUGGAUUUCCAUCACCGAUGACUUUGGCGAUAUGAUUCACGGCAUGUUCCUGGACCCACUACCUUACCAUCGACAAACCGUACAGUGUUUCAGCGAUACAAUCACCUUCCAGGACAUGGCCCAGACCUUUACCGACGUAACCGGCAAAAAAGCCCGCUUCGUCCCCCAAACCACCCCCGCCGACUUCCCCACCUACGGCGUCCCAGCACUGGAAGAAAUCCGAGACAUCUUCACAUUCACCCAAUACACGAACGGCAAUUUCUUCGGCCCCCCUAACGAUAUCAAACCCAGUCAGGCGCUGAAGAAAGCAGCUCUGGAAGCUAAGGGCGAGAAAUCAGAUCCUGAGCUGAUUACUGUCAGGGAAUACUUUGAGAAGCAUUUCGGAUAGAUAUAGAUUCAUCCCUUAAGUUUACCUUAGGUAGGUAGAUGGAAAUGGGAUUCUUUCGGGAUGUUUCCUACUUGGCUGGCAUAAAAUGAG